GAAUGGGCCCAGAACAUGUCGAAGCUUCGAAUGGUAUGGUUUUAUGGCAGUCGAUCAGUAUGUCAAUCUAACAAAAAACUGUACAAGAUGCGGAGGAGCCCAUAAAGGAGCGUCAAACGACUCGGUCCGAACGCAUAUGGGGAUGCAUCAACAAAUGGUGGAUCUUUGAGUUUGCUGCAUGGCUCAUCAGCGCCAUAGCCAUGGUCGCUAUCAUCGUUGUCCUCAAGAGAUACGAGAAAAAACCGUUGCCCGAAUGGCCGUGGCACAUCACGCUGAACUCUUUCAUUGCCGUUAUGGCCGCCAUCGCAAAGACCUCUCUUCUGGUCCCCGUUGCGUCAUCGUUGGGGCAGCUUAAAUGGGACUGGUUUCGACGACCGCGGUCAUUGGCUGACAUUCAAACUUUCGAUUCCGCGAGCCGAGGACCCUAUGGAGCUGUCUUGCUCAUUUUUGCAACAAAAGCUAUACAUCUCGCGUCGUUCGGGGCUCUCAUCACACUCGUGGCUCUGUCAAUGGAUCCAUUUGUACAACAAGUCGUCAACUACCCAAGCAGCCCAGAAGCUUCCAAUACCAAGGCGGCUAGUCUGCCAUGCGGUCGCAACUUCACAAGUUACUCGUCAAACUUGGAUGGAGCUGAGCCAUCAAUCGAGAUUAGAACAGCAAUCCUUAAUGGCCUGUACUCGGACUUCUCAAGCGCAAGCAAAUUCCAAGUUACACCGAUAUGUCCUACCGGGAACUGCACAUGGGAAC